UAAAUAAAUAAAAUAAAUUUAUUUAUUAAUAAACUAAGAAAGGUAUCAAGAUGAUGCAAGUUCAACAAGCGUCGUUAACUCAUCGACUCCCGGUCCCGAGGAUCGUCAACGGGUUGUAUCCUUACAAUCAAAGCCUCUACGACGAACUUCUUAGAUUGUUUGCUAACAAUCUUCAUGUCGAGCCUCAGCGUCAACUUGCAGAAGACAUAAUGGCAGAUUUUAGAUCUAACGGCCGGGACUUUGAAUACUGCCCUGAGUUAGAGAACGGGGAAAUUCCCAUAGUAAUUAAUCGCCGAAAAAAAAACAACAAACCACUGCCUACUGAGUGCGCAUUCUGCAAAAAUAAUGGCGAGGAAAUUCAAUUUUACAAGCAGCAUAUUUUGAAAGAUUUAAACGGGCGCACUGUCUGCCCAAUAUUAAGGCGUUACACAUGUCCAAUCUGCGGUGUAAACGGGGACCAAGCUCACACUAUUAAAUACUGCCCUUUGAACAAAAGUCCCGAGCCAAUUCCUCUAACGAACGCGAUGAAGAGGCAAGUCCGCAACUCUGCCGGCAAGACUCGUUCCAAGUAAUCAUUCUCACUCUAUUUUCUACAUACAUACAUACAUACAUAUAUAUGUAUAUACACACUUUUUCGCUUGCAUACAUACAUAUAU